AUGGCGACUCCUGUCUCGCCCGCCGCUACUUCCGAGGCUGAUCCUCCAAGUUCUCCUGGCCAGCCCGAAGCCAAAUCCUUUGUCUCUCGAGCCGUGACCGAGGAAGACGAUACCCAGCUAGCCAAUGCCACCCCCGACCCUCAAGAAAAGUCGUCUCGUGCGAAAAGUAAAUCAUCACAGAACAAAGAUGCUACCAACCAACCAACAAUUGGCAAGAUACGCCAUCUGAAGAAAGAAGAUGGCGAGCCUCUAUGGAGGGAAGACAUCCAGUACGAUUUCCUAAAAGCUGUGUUCGACAAUGAGAUGCCUGUCUUCACCAACUCCUACGAACCCAAACGCUUGCAGCGGCAAUGUUUUGCCGAUCUUUACAUCGAUACAAUGUCCCGCAGCUCAAAGACCAGCAAGGUCCUUCGCGACAAGCUCCUUAGUGACAGAGAGGCCGCGAAAGGUAUGGCAAUGGUCUGUCUUCUCGUCAACAUGGGACGCAUGAACACUACUCUGAACUUUUUCCCCGAGAUGCGAGCCCAGCUCAGAACGUACCAUGCUAUUCCUUCGCUGCAAGCUCGUCAGGAUCCUCAUGCAUACAAGCAGUUGCAAGAUGCUCCCCGUCUUAAGUCUAUUCUAAAAGGAGGUGCCGAAGACAGAGAAGAGCCCAAUUCUCUCGACAAGAUCAAGUCGCUGGAUACUCCUCGCACAAACCCCGUCAAUCUCAUCUUUGUCAUGUGCAAUGCAGCCCAGAAAGUUGCCGAGCUUCAUUUCCCGCGCCAUCGUGAACUUCACGACCUCAUCAUGAAGACUGAAUACACCAGCAAGUCCCGCGCAAACGCGUUUCUCUGGCUUAUGUGGUUCUAUCUUGAGUCCGACUUCACAGAAGAGGGAUGUGAAGAGAACCCUUUCGGACCCGGCGUGGACUACGGGCUAGAUGUCGCCAACCAAGGGGUUCCCGAACUCGAGGAGAUGAGUGCGGAAGAGAAGGCAAAGGAGAACGUGGACACCGAGGAGGAGAUUGAAUUUGGCCGCACGAAGCAACAGAUGCGAGCCAAGAUUCUGGAGAUGGAUCAGGCUUUUCUUAACGAAAGAGACACCAAGAGAGGCAAGAUGCGACCAUCAUUCGCCGAUGAUGGCCCCGCCAUUCUUCCUCGCAUCAGACCUUCGAAGCAUGAGUCCGACAUGGACAGCACCCGGUCAACACCACCGCCUAGGGCGCUUGGUGGUCGUGGUCUCAACUCGAGUCGCAGGGGUGCCCCGCUGAAAUAUCAGAUCUUUGAGGGCUCAUCACCGGCACAUCAUGUUAAUGAAGGUGUUGUGGCUCGGAAGCCCCGGCCUCCCACGGCGCACCAACUAGCAGUUGAGAGAAAUCGGAGUCAGAGAGUUGAGUACAUCCUUGAUCGUGGUCUUCGUCGGCAGCAUCACAAGAGUCGAAAGGUCAGACGUCAGGAUGGUGCCAUCUUCAGGGCGUACCAACGACUCCAUGUUCAAGAGGAUCCUUUCGAGGACAGCGAUGACGAAACUUGUACUCCCCGAAACCUGACGUAUGGAGAUAAGCCUCCGGGACCGUUCCGCGAGAAGGGUGUGGGCGGGCUUUGUCUUUUGACAACUGAGAAGGAUGAUUUUGGUGAAGAAGUUAGUGCCUAUGCCGGCGCAUUAAGAAGAGCAACAAGACGUUUGAUGCGUUGGGGACCUCAUGCGUUGGAGCUCGGUGUUAUCUCCACCGUCAAGCGGCCCAGGCCGAAGAAACUCGAAGAGGACGAUGUGGACUUGGACUUAGACGACGAUAUGGACGACAAGCACAACGGAGACCUAGACGGCGAUGCUAAUGGCGAUAUCACACUUGGGGAUGCUACACUUGGGGAUGUCACCGUGGGAGACAUGACAGCAGGAGAUAUGACUAUGGGUGACGUUACAAUGGACGACGCCGAAGUUGAAGACCAAACGGUUUUACACGACGACGACGACGAUGGGGAUGAUGCCGACCGGACAGAGGUCAUGGGAGAUUCGGAUAUGGAGUAG